AUGUAUAUUCGUUCAUAUAAUCCUCGUUUAUAUUUAUCUUUAUUAUUCAAGCAAAUUAAAAAUCUUUCGACAGCAUCAUCAACUAUUCUCAAACCAUAUCCAAGCUACGUUGAACGUCAAUUAGAAGUUGUUAUAAACACAUCAUCAGGGGAUGAAUUCAUAGAAAUCGAUCGGGACACAAAAGUGAAAGUACCCACGCCAUCAACAUCGAUUCGAGCAAAAGUUAAUUAUGUCGAUACAGAUCCUAUCGGUGAUAAAAAGCAACCGAUUGUUUUACUUGUCCAUGGUUAUCCGGGUACACAUGAAUCAACAAAAAGUUUUAUUGAAGAAUUUCAACAAAGAAAUUUUCGUUGUAUUGCACCCGAUAUGCCUUAUUGUGGAAAAACUGUAAUGCCUUUAUGGAGUGUAAUGAUAUGGAAAAAUUCUGUUUAUUUACGUGCAAGAUUUCUAGGAGAGUUAUUAAAAACUAUUAUGAAAGAUAAAUUAACACCUAUUCAUACAGUUGUUGGUUUUCAUGAAAAUGCUUAUUCAUUAAUGUCAAUGAUUGAUCAAUAUGAAUAUUUUCAUUGUCCAUCUUUGAUAUUAGUUAAUCCUGUACCAAGAAAAUUGAUUCGAUUUUUUCCGUUAGCUAAAUUCGCAUUUGAUUUCGGUCGCCUUCCUCUCCAUUGGCCUGUAGCAAAAUUUCUUUUAAAAACUCUUGGCUAUAAAGAACUAUUGACUUAUUCUCAACGAGAUAUUAUGGCUGCUUUACGUAUGUGGAUGAUUGAAGAUACACAUGAAUAUGAUGCAUAUAUACAUAAUUUAUGGUUGUCUCGUUUACGUACUAUGGUUGUUCUGUCAGGCGAAGAUAAAAAUUUGGAUGCAACAUUAUUAGAAGCAUUAGUUAAAGACUUAGCUGUUGAACCUUUCAAUAAAUUGAAUAUGGCUAAUGGUGUUAUUAAAAAAUAUGCUUGUGAUCAUGAUGAAUUACUAUCUGAUCGUAUAAGUUAUGUUGUCGAUGAUAUUGAAACAUUUAUUUCUACGCCUCUCAAGUCACCAGCUGCUGCCAUAACACAAUCAUUUACAGUUGCGACGACAACAAAAGCAGCACAAGAAAAUAAAAAAAUCAUCGACGCAACAAAUAACAACGAACGCGAAAAAUCCAAUGAUCAAGUCGAUGAAAAUGCAUAUCAACGUGCAAGUAUGAAUGAUUUCUUUUCGAAAGCAUUCGGUGCAAGUCAAGCUGAAUUAAAACCAAAUCAACCACACAGUUUACGUUCAGCAUUCGAAUCAUUUGCUGGAGAUUUCAUUCAGAAACCUCCACCUGGUACAAAGAGAGAAACAUUAGAGACUAUGUUCCCCAUACAUCUCUAUUGGUUUCUUUAUCGUCGACGAAAUAAACUUCUACUUCUUCUUGUUGCUAUAUUUUGUGUCUUAUUUUAUUUCUACGGAACUGAUCAUCAUCAUCAUCUUACGUCGCAAACUAAAAAACAAACAAAAAAGACUCAUGUUAAAAGCAAAAUUCGCAUCAAUCGUGAUACUUAUUCAAUACCAGAACCAUGUAAAGGUUGUCCCGGCGAGAAUGGACAAGGCGUACAAUUAACAGCUGAAGAAUCGAAAAAUUUAGAUGCUGUGAUGAAAAAAGAAUUUUUUAAUUUACGUGCAAGUGAUAAAAUUUCGCUAUGGAGAUCAAUACCAGACACUCGCGAUCAAUUGUGUAAAUCAGUGAAUUAUCCAAACGAUUUACCAACUGCAUCCGUUGUCAUAGUAUUUAAAAAUGAACGAUGGUCACCAGUUCUUCGAACGGUAUAUUCCGUGCUCAAUCGAUCGCCGAAACACUUACUUAAAGAAGUUAUUCUAGUUGAUGAUCAAUCAGAUAUUGACGAAAUGGGCCAACGUUUAGAUGACUAUUGUGAUGAACAUUUCGGAGAUUUGGUACGCAUAUUACGAGCACCUACGCGACUUGGAUUAAUUAAAGCAAAAAAUUAUGGUGCAAAAAACGCCACCGGAGAUGUUGUGGUGUUUCUCGAUGCACAUUGUGAAGCAAAUACUGGCUGGCUUGAACCAUUAGUUUAUCGUAUUAAACAAAAACGAACAGCUAUACUUUGUCCUACAAUUGAUGGAAUAAGUAGUGAUGAAUUAUCAUAUUACCCGGGUGCCACUAGUUCGCUUGGAAUAUUUUCAUGGUUAGAGCCGCUUCUGUUUCGAAUUAAAGAAAAACGUUCGGCUGUUUUAUGUCCGGGAAUAGAUAUGAUUAGUGAUAACAAUAUGGGUUAUGGUGGUACGGGUGAUGGCAGUGUAGGAGGCUUUUGGUGGUCAUUACAUUUUAAUUGGAUUCCUAUACCAUCACGUACACGCAACGCACAAAAAUCCAGAGUUGAUCCUUAUCCAUCACCGACAAUGGCAGGCGGCUUGCUAGCUGCACACAGAGAAUAUUUCUUUGAAAUCGGUGGUUACGAUGACGAUAUGGAGGUUUGGGGUGGUGAAAAUCUUGAAAUAUCUUUCCGUGUAUGGAUGUGUGGUGGCAGUCUUGAAUUUGUGCCAUGUUCUCGCGUUGGCCACAUAUUUCGACCUGGUCAUCCAUAUAACAUGACUGGUGAAAAAGGUAAAGGUGACGUACACGGUCGAAAUUCAAUGCGACUUGCUGAAGUAUGGAUGGACGAAUAUAAACGUUUCUAUUAUAUGCAUAGACAUGAUCUCAAAGGUAAAGACUAUGGUGAUGUUGAAAGUCGUCGAGACAUUCGUAAACGUCUGAAUUGUCAUUCAUUUAAAUGGUAUCUUGAGAAUGUAUUUCCGGAAAAAUUUAUUCUGGAUGAAAAUGUUCAUGCCUUUGGAGAAGUUCGAAAUCCUGCAUCAAGUCUAUGUUUGGAUACAUUGGGUAAAGAUGAAAAAUCCUCGAUACCAUUAUCGAUAUAUUCAUGUCAAAACGGUGUAUCAGCAAAUCAGUAUUUUUCAUUAUCGAAACAUGAUGAUUUACGUCGUGAAGAUACAUGUGCAGUCACGUCUGGCCCCGGUAGGGAUUCAUUGCUUGUUAUUAUGGCCGCUUGUGCCUAUAUUGACAGUAAUCAAAAAUGGGUACUUGAAAAGAAUGGAACGAUUGUUCAUUAUCCGAGUAAAUUUUGCCUUGAUAUGGAAGGCUUAAAAAAUAAUGAUCAACUUCAGUUGAAGAAAUGUGAACCGAAUAAACCAUCACAACAAUGGAGAUUUGAACAUUAUUCAACGUCUUAG